ACACAAAUAUAAGAGUCAAUUACUGGUUUUCCUCAUUUGUGCCACUCGCUUGUUUUUUUUUUAUCUUCUUCUUCCCGCUGGUAUACUUUCUGGCGUCAUGGUAGCAGACAUACCGGUUAGUUUUUGGCCUGCGGCAUCUACUGCGGUUAUCGCCUGCCUAAGUGGUAUCAUGUUAUCCGUUCAACGUGGAAGCCAUCACAAGUCCAAAAUCGCUCUUGCUACAACUGAUGACGGCAACAAAUACGCUGUUCCCCUCAAAUUCGACGAGCAGUUUGAUCCAAGCGUCCCCUUUACAGAUCAACACCGACUCACGCGUCUUAACUUUGGCACUUUGGUUCUCCUCAGUUUGACCGCUUAUGAUCUGUUUCUUGGUGUCAACGCUUUCUCCAAAACGGAUGCUCACUCUUAUCUUUUGAUUGCACAAGCAUUGACAGUGGUAUCUUGGACCUACAUUUUCACCUUGACUCUGGUAUCUCGAUGCUAUCGUCUACCAAACGCUUGGGGAUGGGUCCUCAACGUCCAUCUUUUCAUACUAUUCUCUGUGAUGUUUUGUGGCAAUCUCUACCAGUGGUUUGAGACGCUACGUUCAACGGUACAAGUGAGCUGGAUGCAAGCCAUCAAGAGCAUUCUGAGCGUCUUUAUCGGCAUGGAUAUGGUGUACACAACCGGCAGCACGGAGCGAAGCUCGCCUUAUGUGGAUGAAAAUGAUCGCAAGGUAGUGGCCUACGAUGUAAGCUCGAUUUUCAGUUAUUUGUAUUUCAACUGGAUCACCCCGGUCGUCAUGAUGGUCUAUCGCAAGAAAGAAGUCACUGACGACGACUUGCCCGCUUUGCCCCCGUUAUUUCGAGCCUACAACCUAUUCUAUAUAUUCAAAAUGCACAACAGCAAGAGUCUCUUAUGGCGCAUCGUCCUCACCAACAAAAAGCCAUUUGUUAUCCAAGCCGUACUGGCCGUGCUGGUGGCAACAUGCAAUUAUAUACCUCAAUACUUUAUGAAUCGAGUGCUCGUGCUGCUUCAGGAUACCGAUGCCGACCAUCGGGAUAACGAUUUCACUCUGAAAGGUUUCUUAUUGGUGACAGGUUUAUCCCUCACCGUUAUCUUGAUCGGAAUCAUGGACAGUCACAUGUGGUUUUGGUCUUCAUCCAACGUUUUGGUGCGUUCGAGAGCCAUGUUAAAUAUCGAAAUUUAUCACAAGACCCUGAGACGACUGAACACCGCGUUUCAGUCGAGUGAGGAUGACAAGGAGGACGAUCAGAAGAAAAAGGAAACCGACGACGAUCAAAAUAACAAGGAAGCAGAUACAAACGAGGACAACGCAUCCACAGGAACUAUCGUCAAUCUGAUGAGCACGGAUUCCAGCCGUGUUUCAGAGUACGCCACCUGGUGGUUUUUUUGGGUCGAGUCGCCUAUUGAACUGGCUGUGGGAAUCACUUUUCUGUAUCAGCUCCUGGGUGUUUCGUGCCUCUUGGGUCUACUUGUCAUGGUGGUCACGUUGCCUCUCAACCAUUUCAGCGCCAAAUUGUUUGCGAGAACCCAAGAUCGCUUGAUGAGUGCACGCGAUAAACGAGUAUCUCUCAUGAACGAAGCACUUCAAGGCGUACGUCAAAUCAAAUUUUUUGCCUGGGAGAAAAAAUGGGAAAAUCGCAUCAUGAAAUCAAGAGCAACCGAAUUGAAACACCUUCGUAUGACAUACAUCUGCGAUGUCUUGUUCAGUUUCUUGUGGCAAGCCACUCCUCUAUUGGUCACCAUCAUUUCCUUUUGGUCGUACACCGCAUUGGAGGGAAAGCAACUUACCGCACCUGUAGCGUUUACGGCUCUCGUCGUUUUCAAUGAACUGCGCUUUGCACUCAAUGUCAUUCCCGAUCUCUUUAUCGAGCUUUUGCAAGCAUUGAUUAGUGUGAGACGCAUUGAAGCUUAUUUGGCAGAAGGAGAAAUCACAGCCGUCGUUCCUCAAUCUCCCGACGCCCCAAUCAAUAUUCAUUUUGAGCAUGCCACGGUAGGCUGGUCCACGCCAACGCAGACAACCUCAGAUAUCGUGCGCCCUGAAACAUCGACCGAGUCCAGUUCGACUCAUGUUGCCAGUGAAAGUUUCAUCCUCAAGGAUAUCACAGCACACUUUCCCAACAGUCAACUCAGUUUGAUCUCGGGCGCUACGGGUUCUGGUAAGACCCUCAUGAUGCUCAGUCUUUUGGGAGAAACGGUCAUUAUUAGCGGCACCGUGGCCAGUCCUCGACAUGCCGUAUUGGAAACAGUAGACGACCAUUUCAUGUCGAUCGAGAAGAUCCCCGCCGAGGAAUGGAUUCUAGAUCACGCCGUCGCCUACGUAUCACAAACACCAUGGCUGCAAAACGCAUCGAUCCGCGACAACAUUUUGUUUGGCCUCCCAUACGAUGAACAACGCUAUACCGACACACUGUAUGCCUGUGCACUUGAAAAAGAUCUGGAGAUCCUUGAAGAUGGCGAUAUGACCGAAAUCGGAGAAAAGGGUAUCACCUUGUCCGGUGGCCAGAAAGCUCGUGUGUCCCUUGCACGCGCCGUUUAUUCUCGGGCAAAAAAUGUACUCAUGGACGAUGUUCUCAGUGCCGUUGAUGCCCAUACCGCCAAGCAUGUCUAUGAUAAAUGUCUCACGGGACCUCUGAUGCAAGGCCGUACACGCAUCCUUAUUACUCAUCAAGUCAAAUUAUGUUUAUCCGGAAGCGCAUACAUUGUCCAUCUCGAAGGCGGCCGCGUAGGUGUUUCAGGUUCGCCUGCUGAACUUCGACAGUCGGGCCAGCUCGCCUCCAUUCUUGACAGCGAAGAAACGGAGGAUUCGACAGCCACUGAAAAUCCAAUUGAAGACACUAUCUAUAACCCCGAAUCCGAAACGCCACGAAAGCGCAACGAUAAAACCAAGAAAUCUCCGCGAGUUCUUGUGGAAGAAGAAACACGCGCUACAGGUACUGUAAAGUGGCGUCUGUACACGUUAUACUUUAAAACCGUGGGCAAAACUAUGUUUUGGUUGAUUCUGGCUGUCUUGAUUUUCGGUGCUCGCGGUUUGGAUAUCGUGGAACGAUGGUGGCUGAAGCAGUGGGCUGAAGCGGCUAGUGCAAAUGCUUUGGAAAUGAUUAGAACACAUAUCAAUGCGUACAUGCCCGCUCACAACGCUCCACCCGUGUAUUCCUUGAUGGUCAAAGACACAAUCAAUGUAAUGGAGGACCGUCCGGCCGACUACAAUCUCAACUAUUACCUCGGUAUGUAUGCCUUGAUUCUAUUGUCCAAUAUCGUCGUAAGCACAGUCCGCUUCGGUUUCUUGUAUUGGCGAACAUUGGGUGCGAGUCGAAAGUUGUAUGGUGACCUGCUUCGACGCGUGUUGCGUGCGCCGCUGCGUUUCUUUGAUACCACACCGAUUGGACGUAUUUUGAAUCGAUUUUCCAAGGACUUUGACACCAUCGAUUCCACGAUUCCCAUGGAUAUGAUCAAACUUAUUAUUCAAUGGAUUGCCGUGGUCUCUUCCUUGUUGACGGUGGCUGCCGUUCUUCCGGUCUUUGCUAUUCCCAUGCUCGUCGUUGUCGCAGCCAAUAUCGCCAUUGGCAGAAUCUUCAUCUCCGCUUCUCGUGAACUCAAGCGUAUGGAUUCCGUGACACGGUCACCCUUAUUUACGCACUUUACCGAAACCAUUGUGGGUAUCUCCACCAUCCGGGCUUUCGGAGCCACACAACGGUUUAUGCAAGAAAUGCUGCAAAAGAUUGACAAGAACGCUCGUGUCUUUUGCUUCGCGUGGCUCGUGAACCGAUGGAUGGCUACUAGACUUGCGACUAUUGGUGCUUGCGUCAAUUUCAUCACAGGUAUGCUGAUUAUCUUGAAUGUGGACAAACUCGACGUUUCCUCGGCCGGUUUCUGUUUCAGUUUCGUCAUGGCAUACAACUGGGAGAUGUUUUGGGCUAUUCGACGCUACACCAGUAUGGAAAUGAGCUUCAAUUCCAUGGAACGUGUGGUAGAAUUUAUGGAGAUUGAGCAAGAAGCACCAGCUAUUACGGAGCUUCGCCCUCCUCCAGAUUGGCCUAUUCGAGGAGAAAUACAGGUGGAGAAUCUUCAAGUACGUUAUGCAGCCGAUCUGGAACCUGUUCUGCAUGGAAUCUCUUUCCAUGUCAAUGCCAAAGAAAAGAUUGGCGUGGUGGGUCGAACCGGUAGUGGAAAGUCGACGCUUGCCUUGUCCUUUUUCCGAUUUGUCGAAGCGACCCAAGGCCGAAUUAUCAUUGACGAUGUGGAUAUUGCCGAUAUCGGAACAGAAGAUUUGCGCAGUAACCUUACCAUCAUUCCACAAGAUCCUACCUUGUUCUCUGGCACCUUGCGAAGCAACAUGGAUCCGUUUGAUCAGUUUACCGAUGAAGACAUCUUUGCUGCCUUACGUCGCGUCGAAUUGUUACCAUCGGACGACGCAGAAGUCAUCGAAAAUGUCAAUGCCAACGUCUUUCAGAACCUCGACACGGCCGUCAGUGAAGGUGGCAAGAAUUUCUCUCAGGGACAGCGACAACUUUUAUGCUUGGCUCGUGCUUUGCUAAAACGUACUACCAUUGUGCUGAUGGAUGAAGCCACGGCCAGUGUAGACUUUGAAACCGAUAAAGCGAUCCAAAAGACCAUGACCACCGAGUUUGCCGAUUGUACCAUUCUAUGUAUUGCCCAUCGACUUCACACCAUUAUUGGAUAUGAUCGUAUCCUCGUUUUGGACGCAGGGAAAAUCAUUGAAUUUGCAAGUCCUUUGGAGUUGAUCAAUGAUUUCACCUCUGCGUUUCACAAGAUGUGCAAGAACUGUGGUGAAUUCGAAAAUUUAUUGGCUCUUGCUAAAUCCACACAUGAGCUUGUGGACGUGUCUUGAACAAAACCUUAACUUGACCAAAGAAAAAAAAAAAACUCUAUCAUUCAUUAUUUAUGUAUUCUUUACCAUUAUAAAAAAUUAACAUAACCAAUAGUCGGUUUAUGGAAUAAAACUGCGAGUAAACAUCGCCAUGGGUUGUAAGCUUGGUUAAGCCAGGGCAGUUGGAGAGAGCACAAUGGCGGUAAAAUAAUUAUCCUUAUAGCACUUUGCUGGGUCAGGGCAAAUAUUUCGCGCCACGAAGCUUUUUUUUUUCUCUCUCUCUCUC